AUGUCGCGUCGCUUUCGUGCCUGUAAUAACGCCAGUUCUGUAGCGCGCGGCACUGAUUCGGCCCUUUUCAAAACCUCUGCACCAUCUUUAUCCCGCACCAAGGAUCUACUGCACUGUAAUGAUCCGCUACUGGACGUCGAGAAGGAGGGUUUACGUGAAUUAAUUGAUGGAUCAUAUUCUGCUCUUGCAUCCCUAGACCAGCAGAUAAUUGAAGCGCGCCAGGCUCUCGACUCCCUCAUUCAAAAACGACAACUUGCUGAAUCUAACAUUAUCGAUGCCAAAAGACUUCUUCAUCCCAUGCGUUCACUUCCCGACGACGUCCUAAGCGAGAUUUUCCAUCAUUGCGUACCCAAGUGGAAAGGAAUAGGCUUUGGAUUGCACAACUCUCUUGAUCCUCGCAGGCCUCCAUGGACAUUAUCAUAUGUCUCCAGAAGGUGGCGGGACCUCUCACUUUCACUUCCACAACUAUGGACAUGUAUCAGACUCGACUUCCGAGAGUAUAGAGCAGUCAGCAUGAGGGCUAUGUUGACACGAUUGGCGCUCAUUCUCGAGAGAUCCAAAAACAUGGAUCUAUUCGUAGCGUUGCUGGCGAUCAGCACCAUAUCUGAUCACCCAGCUUUCGUUCUGCUGGAUCUCAGCGCGCCACGGUGGAGAAGGCUCUCUGUUUGCAUACCGCGAGCAUGUCUUCAAGCACUGUCUGGCACUUCUUUUAGCCGCCUCGAAGAAUUAUCAGCUACGACAACUAGACCAAACCAGGACGUAUUUGCCGCGCCGGUCAACACAUUCUGGAACACAGGAUCCCUUCGGUCGGUAACCAUUUUGAGCAAUGAAACUUGCGACUCUGUAACCAGGGACUCCGCCUACAGACUCUUUCCCCCUCCCUGGUCCGGCAUUGAAACCUACAUGUGCAAUCCAUCUUCAAGAGAUGAUUGGGACCACCUUAAGAAGCUUACAACUCUGAAAUCAUUGAACCUCGCAGGCUGGCCUCGGCUGUGCUCCUUUUAUUUGACAGAACUCCCUCCAUCCACUGUUCCUACUGUCACUGUUCUGCGCAUUUCUGAACAACAAUGCGCUUUGUACGCCGGAAUGACUGCCAAGCUCUUCCAAAAUAACAUUCUCAUCCUACCUUCUUUGUCUACCUUGGAAAUCGAAUUUUGGCGUAACAGCAUCCCCUCUUUUCCUCCCUCCCAUCUCCUGAAAUCUCUUAAUACACUCAUGAUCCAGGAUGCUAUGGAGAGCCUCGCCAACCCCCACCGAGUACUCCAGUUUCUUAAAGCCAUGUCACAUAUCAAGACUUUGGUGAUCGACGGGCGACGUGGUAGCGAUUUCUUCCAGGACCUCACCGUGCAGCCAGGGAGGGACGUCAUUUUACCCAAUCUCCAUUUUCUUCGGUUACAAGGGGAUUGUCAACCCUUACUUUAUCCAGUCGUCCUUGACUUUCCUGAGUCACGAUGUCGAUGGGACUCUGGCCUAAUAAGGGGUGGUGAUGUUAGCAGGCCCCGACCGGUUUUCUUCGAGGAGAUUGAUCUGUGCGAGGUGCAGUUUCUUCCGUAGUACAAACAUCGCCUAGACGACCUUCGUCAAAGGAUAAAGAUCAUAUAUACUUGGUAGAAGAAGGUUUGUUUCUUCGUCGUUGGUAUAUCAUUGUUUCGCCUCCAUUUCCUACCUAUUGUUUUGUAGCCUCUCUUUCGAUAGCAAUGUUGUGCUUGAAAUGAUCC